AUGAGCACUCGGUGUAGGCGCUACGCACUUGUGGCUCUCCUCGGUGAUAGCUUUACCAAUUCUGGUUAUAUCGACAAUGGCACGUUUCAAAGAAAUAUAAUGAAGAUCAUUGUGGAGCCACAGCAGCGCCAGGGAGGUAGACGUCUACCCUCGCUGUCUCGGCACCCAAUGGGGCAUCUCGCGGACAGAUGUGGCUACCGAUGGUGGGUGCUGGGUGAGAAGUCCUACGGCCUGUUGUCGGCGGGUAUUUCAUCGAGGAAACACCGGUUUGUGUUGCGUCUCCGCGUGCUGCCUCUCGUAUCGAUCAGUUCAGAGGUAGAGAUGGCUUCAACCUCGAAGGAUGCGGGUAGCCCAGCCAAGAAGAAAAAAGGGAAGACACUCUGCGAGUGCUGUGGGAAGAAGUGCUCGGGCGAGGUACUUCGAGUCCAAGAGAAGUACUUCCACAUCAGCUGUUUCAAGUGUAAUAGCUGCAAGAAAUCACUAGCACAGGGAGGUUUCUUCACAAGGGAGAAAGACUACUACUGUACAGAAUGUUACCAGAAGAACUUUGGACAGAGGUGCGCCACAUGCGGACUAUUCGUGGAAGGGGAGGUGGUGUCAGCCCUCGGUAAUACCUACCACCAGAAAUGCUUCACUUGUGCUCGCUGCAGACAACCCUUCCCAACAGGGGAACGUGUGACGUACACAGGCAAAGAAUGUCUGUGCCAGCGUUGCCUCCACAUCCCUGUUGUGGACUCCCAGUCACCGACACGCUCACCCACCACCGCCGGCCCCAAGUGCGCCGGCUGCAAGGAGGAGCUGGUGGAGGGGCAGGCCCUGAUCGCGCUCGACCAGCAGUGGCACAUCUGGUGCUUCAAGUGCGCCGCCUGCAACACCGUGCUGCACGGGGAGUACAUGGGCAAGGAUGGCAUGCCUUACUGCGAGAAGGACUACCAAGCCCAGUUUGGAGUCAAGUGCGCCUACUGCAACAGGUUCAUCAGCGGCAAGGUGCUUCAGGCGGGAGACAAUCACCACUUCCAUCCCACUUGUGCAAGGUGCACCAAGUGUGGGGACCCCUUUGGAGAUGGGGAGGAAAUGUACCUUCAGGGUACCGCUAUCUGGCACCCACGCUGUGGCCCAGGACCCACUGAAAAUGGCACAGUACUCAACGGCUCCUUGUCCAACGGCCACCAUGUCAAUGGGGAACAGAAGGCUGAGCGGGAACGCGAUUUUGAUGGCAUGAGCUCCACAGCUUCAGAAACACAGUUUUCUCGAUCGCGCACACCAAGCCUUAAUGGAUCGUUCCGCUCCUAUAGCCCCUAUAACAGCCUGAACAGGAAGUUCUCGGGUCCGUAUCGCACAUGCUCCCCUGGGCUGAUCCUGCGCGAGUACAAAUCCUCACAAAGCCCCAUCGACAUCACCCGCAUCUACACGUACUCCUACCUUACUGCCGAGCCUUCCCAGGGGUACCUCAAGCGACCCCUGGACCCGUACGACCGUCCUCCACCAAAGUCUCCGCACUGGCACCGUCCCAUGGUGGAUAGUAGGAAGCUGUCACUGCCCAAAACAUCUAGUAAACUCGGCAUGCGUGUGAUGGUAGAUAGCAUAAAGUCCGAAACACCUAGACCAAAGUCUCCUCACAUGAACAAUGAAGAGCCCAUAACACUCUCACACUACCCCGGAGCACGCAAGCCAACCAGUGGAGAUGUGUCACGCAUCGAGAGAGAUGACUUCCCAGCGCCCCCAUAUCCAUACACCGAUCCAGAUGUUUCAGAGCGGCGGCGAAGGUGGUCGGGCAGUACCAAGGCAGUUAGCAUUGAUGAGACAGACGAGGGGACGGAAAUCGAAGACUCCGAAGCCAUGGUGGAGGAUCCCAAGCUGAAGCGUGAGGAGGAAGAAUUAAGCAAGAUUGCAACAGGCAUUGGGAAGGUGUUCCUACAGCAGGUGAAGGAGAGAGAAAGGAUUAGGGCGUGGAAGGCAACUCAUUUGGAUCCUCGUAAUGCAUCACGCUCUCCUGCUGCCAAUCGUGAACCUCAGAACAAGCUGCGCUUUGAAUCUUCCCUAAAUGCUUCUCCAUCUCGAAUGACCGACCCCAACCGGUCUUGGGGACCAGAGGAGGAGGAAUUUGACCGGGCUUCAUCCUACAGAUGCUCCACUGGAAGGUCAUCAGCCACGAUACCAUCCUACAACGUUGUGAGCUCCCUCAGGCAGCCUCCAAAGCCUGGCUAUGGUUUCUCGCCGCGCAACACCUUCUACCGUCAGGGCCUUGGAUCGUACUCUGCACUCCAUGGGGACUACAGCUUCACCGGCCUUGGAGAGAAGACCCAGAGCACAGAGUUCAGCAGUGCCCGAUCUGAUGUUUCAGCAGGUUCGCUCACAGAAGCAGAUAGGAGCGCAUUGAACGCCGAGUUGUGUGCAUCAACAACGUACAGUAGUGGCCUCCGUGGCUACACCUCCUACUCCCCCCACCUCCGCCGAUCACUGCCCAACAUGCACCACAUGUCCUCCGAGCCCCCUAAGAUAUACCCUGCGCACCUUCUCUUCGUCUCCAACUAUCGUCUGCCCAAUGACGUGGAUCGCUGCCACCUGGAGCGCCACCUUUCAGACGCCGAAUUUGAAAUGAUAUUCCACAUGACACGCAUGGACUUCUACCGCCUUCCGGAAUGGAGGAGAAACGACCUCAAGAGGCGAUGCAAGCUUUUCUAAAGAGAUCCUAAUGCUUUAUAAUAUUUAUUUCAUAGUCAUUUUACACAGUACUAGAUUCCUUUUGUGAGGGAAACCAUACCAACCACUUGGUUUUGUAUUGGCUCAAUCAUUCACACUUUUUUUUUUUUAAGUUCAGUGAACAGUUGUCCAUAAAUGUAUUACUAUAAGAACAAUCAAAGAUGAAGAUUAAAAGCAACAACCAUAAAUGUCAUUCAAAUUGAUCUCUACAAUCUGCAUGCUUUUUAGAUGAACUGUCAAAUUUUUAGGAAUACUUAAAAAAAAUAAAUAAAAAAAAAGAAUAAAAAAAUUACAAUGUCUAAUGUAGCAGAAUAAACAAUUGUUUAAAUGUACAUCACAAAAGAUAUCCAAAGUCUCCACCUUCACAGUUGGGUUUUGGGUGAUAAUAGUUUUUAGUCCAAAGUCCACCAGAUUAACAGGAAUGAUAAAAGUGUGUGGAAGGUGCUUUGAUAUAUUCCACAGGCAGAGUAUUUAUAAAGAAAAACAAAAAAAAAGAAGGCAGUAUGUGUAGUGUUUUAUAUUGUUAGUAAAUACUUUUGUUUAGGUUGAAUUUCUGACAUGUAAUUUUUGUACUUUUCACUCUUUUAGCAAACAAAAAAAAUGUUUUUGUCCAUAUAGCCGAGAAACCUUAGUGGAUCUUUUAUCUAUAUCUACAUAUACAUAUACAUACAUAUAUAUAUAUAUAUAUAUAUAUAUAUAUAUAUAUAUAUAUAUAUAUAUAUACAUACAUACAUAUAUAUUUUUAAGCGAAGUGAUGGCUAUGCAAAACUCUUGAGAGCUGCUUUUCUAGCCGGAAAAUUCCUCGACUGGGUGGGCAUUGGUUGUGUACGAUUGACCAGUGGACGAAAAUAUCUUGAAUACCAGUUAUUUGUGCUUGUAACUUUUCCCAGUUUCAUAUCUUCUAGUCCUUUAUUAUUAUUAUUAUCUUGUUUAUGUAAUUCCAAUAGUUGAGGUCUAGAAUUCUUUAGUAGGCCUUCCUUUGGUAUAUUUAUGUAUGCUUCCUGAUGCUUAAGUUGUUUUUAUUUUGUAUUUUUUUCCAUUUAUUUCCGGUGCUUUUGUUGGGCAGUGAUCUACACGAAUGUGGGGAAGACAUCAUCGAUUACCAGCUUUCAUAACUACUUCUAUAAGCCUUAUUUUGCGUUAUUUUGUAAAUAUGAAAACAGUCUCGUAGGAGAGUUGCCAAAGCUGACUAUCUGUGGUUCCCCACAUUGCAUCUACACAUCUAGAAAUUAUAGCAAGAUCUGGGACAUGUGCUACAUUCUUUUAAUCUCACCUGUAUAUUGACAAUUGUAACUUGUCUGUAAAUAGUGCCUCAAUGAGCUUGAACUUUGGUGCGAUCAGCGGUUGUGAUUCAUAGGUGGAACAUUCUCCUCUCGAUAGUACUGCCAAAGGGGCUUUCCCAGAUCAGUAUAAUGUUUAAAGCUAAACUCACUUCCUUUUGGGGAGUUCUCUCCUGUUUUGAGAUUUUUGUGAGGGGGGAUAGGGGGCAUGUCAAAUUUUAUGUGUCUAUUGAGAAUAGUUUAGCAAAUGCUCUGUUUUUUUGUCGUGGUGACCUUAGGAAGAAAAUUCCUCACCUGAUUGUUCCAUCACAUGCAAAACUAAUGUGAGAAUUGAUGCUGCUGAUCCCACCAUGCCAGAACAUGGUAUUUACACCAUAUAAUGGAUUAUUCUGCCCGAGGUGGGGGAAAAUAUGGUUGUCUGUUAUCAUUACUCUUUAUUAUGUUAUUAGAAUUGUGACAUGGAAAUAUCAUCGGUUGUCUCGACUGCAGUGCUUUUUUAAAUGACAACGUAUAUAUUUUAUAUUUUAACCAUUGUUACAUGGAUAAGUACCAGUAAUAGAUUUUAGCGUUAAAAAAGAAAAUGAGUUCUGAGGUUGUAAAGAUGUUCCAGCCAGUAAGUGUUGUGCUAGUAAACCUGCUUGUAUUGUUAGUCUGGCCUCCCCAUCUACUUCCAAAAGAGGCAGUUUCAGCUUUUGGAGUGGAGCUGCUCUUCAGUGACGGGUGGUCAAAUGGACAAGAGAAGAGAAAAUUUGUACACUUAUAGAAUAGAUAUAUAAAAAAGCCUCAAUUUGUGCCUAUUUUUCUCUGAAUGUUAAAAAAAUCAAGUUUCUUUGGUGCUUAUGUCUUAUUUCUUACAGUAAGCCAGGUCUUACUGUUAUAUUAGUAUGUAAUCCAAACUUUCACUUUACCUGCUCAGUAAAACUAAACUUUUGUGUUACAAGCCUUUUUAAAAAAGAUAAUAGUGAUGUGUAGUUAUUUCUUCAAGGUGAUGUCGAUCAAAAAGAAACCACACUGUCAUAUCAGUCAUAUUAAUUAGCAAGUAUUGUAGGGGUACUAAUUAUUCACAUUACUGAGACCAUAUCAAGUAGAACUUAUCCCUUUAUAUGUCCAGAUCUUAUAGGGACAAAAUUUCCAAACUGAGCAUAUUAUCUGACAUGGGGGUAAAAAAGAAAAAAAAGAGUUCCAUUCAAAUACCUUCAGAUAAUUCAUGUUACACCACUGGGAUGGGCAGGCCAAGGAGGGGAAUUUUAAUAAUUUAAGCGAAUUAGUCAUGAUAUCCAAGAGUGGGUAUGUCUUGUUAAUUUGUUCCCCAUCUUUGUUUUAUUAUACAAAUAAACAUGGUGUUCUGAUCCAUGAUUAAUUUGUUCUUUGCUUUUGUCAAGCAAGUCUUCAUGAAAACAGCUUAGUGUACAGAUUUUGUAUAUAUGAAUGUUGUGUGUUUCUUUUCUUAAUGCUCCUUAUAUUUCCAUUUUUCAGUUUUUACACAAAGAAAUACAUUAUGAAUAUAUCCUUAAAUCUCUGGGCAUCAGCAUAAAAUUCCUGCAUUCUAAUGAUACUAACAAUUAUUUUCUUGGUUGUAUGCUAUUAUAUAGCUUGUAUUUUAAUAAUCAUUUUCUCUGUUGCUGAUUUUCAGCACAUGCUGAAAAUGACGUAGUUUCAGUAUGAGUUUUGAGCAAGCACCCUACAGUAUUUGUUAUUUCUCUUGUUACUUCAAUCAUUUCAUUGUUACUACUUUAUUUUGUCUCUUAAGAGUGCAGUAACAUAUAUCUGAAGUUGAAAAUCUUUGCUAUUGUAUACACAAAAAAGCAUUACUUGCUUGGAUUAUCAGCAUAGAAACCAGCUGUGUUUGAUCCACAAGGGGAUGUGACAAUUGCAUCCUUGCAUGUGUCAUUAGCACAACAUUUGAAGUCUACCUUUGUUUUUCUGUGGUUUGUCUGUUUUUUAACUAAGCCUUGUGGACAUUGUUCAUUCUGAGGUCAUUCUAGAAGAUUAAGAAAUAUUCUAAUGAUGUGAUAAACCUAAUGUUACUAAUCUUUUAUGAAUUCUGGUUGUGUUAUGAGAUUUGUUUAAUGUUAGGGCAACGUGCCAAAAGUUGAAAGUCCUCAGGUAUGAACAACAUCCAUAAUGACAUUUGCAUGUUGGUAGCUUGCUUUCCCUCCUUUAUUGAAUAUUUUAACAUAAGGAUCACUGUUAAUAGUAGUAAAUUAUUAACAUGGGCAAAGCAAGGGUGAUGGUAGAUGGUGUCACAGUCACAGGUUUGAUCAGUGGAAAAUUCCUGGUGACUCCCAGGUCACCUCGGUUGAAACUAAAAAUCAAAGACUGUUUUUUUUUCUUCUUCUCUCAUUGUUUAAAAAGUAAACUAAUAGAAAUGUUUCUUGAAAAAAAAGUCAUGAGAACUGUACAGAGAAGAAAUUUUUUGAUAUAUCUUUAUAUUAUAACGGUACCUGAAAAAUGUUGAUUGUGAGUGUUAAAAAAAGGAAGAAGAAUAAAACUGGCCCCUUCGAGCCACACUUUUGACCCCCUGUUAUAAACAGCUCUUGGAAUUUUGAUUUGCCUUUUACCUUUUUAUUAUUAUUAUUUUUAUAAUUCACUGUGAGUUUCUGAAGACUUGCUUGACUCUUCACUGUAAAUGGUCCAAAUUUAACCUUAAACCGAAAGAUUGAUCCUGAGGUUGUACAUAAAAAAAUAUUUAACCGUUUAAGGAUAUAGAAUUGGUUAAGAAAACCCACUUCUCACCUUUUGCUAUACAUCUGUUAUUCAGUUUGCUGUAUUUUGUUAUCAGUAUUUACAAUAUUCAGUAAUAUAUAUAUAUAUUUUUUUUUUCUUCAUAUCAUAAUGCAUAUAUACCUAUGUUCUAUUUUUUUGUUUUUUUCCAUCUUUUUUAGAUACAUAAUGAUUCUGUUAGUGUGUGUUACCUUAUUAGUUAGUCUGGCUGCUAUAUCAUUUACCCUUAUUUCACUUAUGGAAAAACUGGAUUAAUUACAGAUUAAAGUUACUGAAAAAAAUGGAAGCUUUGCAGAUGCUGUCCAAUCUUUCUGCCAAGAUAUAUGGAAAGAUACAUACAUACAUUCAUACAUGCAUUCAUUCAUCUCUCCAGCUGAUAUUGAAAACUUUUGAAAUAUAACUAUAUUCCAGUUAUCAAGAAGUUUUUUAAAAGUAAAGAACUCAUAACUCAGGUGAUUUAAAUACAUUGUUGAUUUUCACUUACUUUUUUCCAUCGUCCAAUUACAUGUGCUUCAUUAAAAUGUUACUCAUCCCAGUCAAUAAAAAAAAUGUAUGACAGAUCUUAUGUGAUUUGUCAGGUUUAGCAUAUUAUUGGGGUAGGAAUUCCCCAUUCAUACAUAUAAUAUUUCAGGUGUAAUAUGAUACCCUUUUCUGUAUGUUUUUAUUAUUAUUAUAAUUAUGAUUGUCAUCAUCAUUAUUUUUGUGCAGUGGUUGUUUGGGAAAUUGUAUGAGUGAUGAGGGUUUGGACCAAUUUUUUUUUCUUUGCUUUUCCGCUAAACACAGACAGUCCAGUCCUAUAUCAAAAAAAAUCUGUAUAAAGUAAAAUAAUGAAAAAUGAUAAUAAAUAGAAAUGGAAAAAAGAAAGAGAGAGAAUGAAUUCAAUUGAAAGAGUGAGAGAGAGAGAGAGAGAGCAUGAGAGAGAGAGAGAGAUUCCUUAACAGAUGUGGACAUGAUAUUGGACUUACAGCAUCCCACUGCACUCCAAGGACUUUCUGUUUUAGUAAGGGUACGAGCCAAUCCUAUUUUGUACUUGUACUUGUGAGAGACUGAUGAUGCUUCAGUAACUGCUUGGGUUGCUAUAGUCUGUAGAAACAUAUGGAUAACCAAUAAUGACUUUGCUUGAAA